AUGGAUUCCCUCACAGAGAGUGAAAUGACACAGAUAUCAAGACUCCAGAGAGAUGCUGGCGUGCAGAUGCUCAGCUGUCACUUCUCCUGGCCUGAGUUCUCUGACGAACGGCGGGGCUUCCAUCAGGAGUUUGUAUAUGACGUCGCUACGUUCGCUGCAGACCGUGGAUUCUCCUGGUCCAACGUGAUCCGGGCAGCUGUGACUGCUAAAGACAUGUUUCCACAGCUGGAUGAUCUCAAUGGAAACAAACUGCUGUCCAUGCUGAGAGAUGUGCUGUGUGAGCGUUUACCAAACCUUACUCCUGUGCACCGACACGAGCUCACCCAGUACCUCACAGACACCUGCUUUACCCGGCAGAGGCUUUUCCAGGCGGUGGUGGAUGGAGCUGCUGACGUGUCCAUCGUUCAGCUACACCUGGAGGUGCAGCUGCCACCAACGCCCUGUCCUCUAGUACAGGGCACAGACCUGCAUGAGGGGGAGGCUCAGCAGGAUCUAGCUAAAGUCACUUCAGAACUGCAACAGAAAGAAGAAGAGCUGAGAAGUCUCCGAGAGGGAUCAUGGUUCACUCUCAGCAAGGCCGGCAUGCCAGAAGAUGAGCAUCUGGACAAACAGAGCAUUUUGGAGGUGGUUCAUGCAACACUGAGGACCACAAAAGAGCAGAUAGAGGCAAGUUUGAACCAAGAGGUCACCCUGCUCGGUGAGAUCCUGCAGCUCAAAGUGCAGCACGCAGCUUUGGCCACUGGGAGGCACCACAACACAGGUCACACCAGCCGACGUCCAGACACACCAGCAAAAGCAAAGCAUAAAACAAGAGUAAAAGACACUGGAAAUGCUGUGUGA